AUGCGUUAUUCUGCUAUUUGGAUCAAAACAGCCACUCUAAUUAGUAUUCUACUGAUGAGCUCACACAAAGCAGACAUGACAUUGGAUGAAGUGGAAUCUGUUCUCGAAUUUGAAAUUGCAACAGACUCACAUAGUGUUACAAUAAACCCUAAUGGCCCUCUUAACUUUUUAUGUGGAUACAUCUACCAGAAAAUGGACUGUAUGCACAGUAAAAGAUUCUUUGCACCUGAAAUCAAUACAGACUACAGUGUGCAGGAAGCCCGAAAAACUUCAAGCUUUAAUGAAGAAUCUAUAUACAGUCGAAAUGAACAAAAGGACAAAGCAUAUACAGCACUACCAGGGAAUAAAAUGAGUGUGUAUGCUGAAAAGUACCAUAAUCAUCUUAUUGAGCUUUUUCCAUCACCGACAGGUGACAUAACCAUAGAGACGCGGGGAAACCAGUCCUUUGUUCAAUUUCUCCGGGCUAAGACAACAGAAAAGCACUCUUUGCAUAUUCUGGCUCUAUUGCUCCUUUUCUCAGAAGGAGUGAAUAUUCCUAUUGACGUUAGUAACACUGUGCUGAAAGUGUAUGAAACAGACAAAAAAGACGAAAUAUACUUCAAAGUGCCCAUGGCAAUCCCAUGGCUAAAUACUAAAGAAAACAAGGUGGAAACAUUCCAACAGAAGAAAGUUAAGCAACUGAUUAGCUUCUUCCAGGAGAAUGCAACAGACUCCAAAGUACUGAGCCUAAUGGUGGACAAGUGCAUAAAAGAGGAGGUUAUAUCUGGAAAAUUCCUGAACAGCCCAAAGUUCCUAAUUCAGUCGUACAUAUUCUGGUUCAUAGACAGUGCAGAGCGUGCAACAGAGUUUAUACAGACUGUGCAUACAAUGGUGGAGAAGUAUACACCAAAGACAGAAACGCCCAGUAAAGAUUACUCGAUAUAUGAUAGACUCUUUAAGCCAGCUGGCUCUAAAGCAGAAAUAGACUACAUGGCUCUAAUGAAAAGUACUCAAGAUAUUUUAAAUGUAUAUAGAGUCUUUCCAUUUACAGACAGUACACAGAUCCCUGCAUAUACAUCUGUUCCUCGAUACAAUCGAAAAUUGGGCAUCUUUUCUACCAACCAUCUGGAAAACUACAGCAACUGUGUGGAAAGCAUGAUUCUUUCUCUUUUCUGCUGCCUGGCAUAUGACCCAUCUGAUUUUACAUAUAAAACUGACCAUAUGGGGAAUGUCUCUGAAGAGCUUGAAGAAUUCUUCUCUUUGGAGAACCAGCCAUUUGACACAACAAAGGGUAACUUUCAGAAGAAAUGGUGCAAAGUUGUUGCUGACCUAAAAGAGCCUAGUAUUGUAUACUGCAAUGAUAGGAAUGAGAUAGAUUGUGGUCUUAUAAAUAUGCUCUUGGUUAUUGCUGAAGUGAUAAAUGCUUCAGAGGAAGAAAAGAAGAAAAUACUUGGGUUUUCAGAGAGGUUAAAGGAGAAAGAGGGGGUUUUAGAGGAUGACUUAUGUAAUACAAUUGAGACAUACACAAAGACACUACUUACAAGCCUAUCCAAGGCAGAAAAUGUAGAAAUAGAUAUCUCUCGGCUUACAAGUGAUAAAUAUACGGAUGGAAAAUACGAUAUAUAUGGAAAGAUUACUAUGUUAUUUGAGCAUAAUGGCAUCAAGAAUACAAUAGUCUUAGGAAUAUUUGAAGGCCACAGUACUAUUGACAUGGAGCCUACUGUUAUGGACUUCAAGGAUUGUCGAAUGGAAAAAUUGAAUGAAAUUGCAGAAGGAUGCAAAAAUAAAACAGAAUUUGUUGGAAAUCUGUUUGCUGCAUUUAUUGACUAUGAAACAAGAAAGAUUGAUACUCCCGAGAAGAACAAAGAGUUUAUAAAGGCACAGGUGCGCACAACCAUUGAGAACAACUAUGCAGACAUAAAUAGACUGCUGCUGAUAAAGAAAAUCUGCAGUUUAGACUAUAUAAUAGACUUAAUCUCCUGCUCUAUCAUAUACAGCAUAGGCCAAGAGUUAUCUCCAAACCAUUCUCUUAUUCGUUUUACGUCUAACAUAUUAGGAAGCACUGAACUAGGAAAUUCAAGUAUUCAGAUAAUCAUGCUUCCUCCAAUUGUUUUUGCAGGUCUGCAUAAUAAAAGCGGUAGUAAUCUCAACUACCCAAAUAUAAAACUCACUGAGAAAAGGUAUAAUUUUUUAUGCUCUGAGUCAAGCCAUAGUUUUUUCAUUGAGUACAUACUAUAUUGUGAUAUGGAUGUUUUCAUAAGAUGGAUUAAACUCUAUAUAGACAAUCUUUACCAUGAAGAAGACAUAGCUUUUAUUCAGUUAUUUGAUCCUUUAGUUAAUAGAAGAAUUUGUCAACGUAUAUUCAAAAAUGGAACUAUGAAGUAUUCUCAUAUAAUUGACAAUUUUAUGAUACAAAAACAUGAUAAAAAGGAAGAUGAGGUGCUAAGUAUUGUACACUUCAUAUGGAUUGUAUAUCUCUGUAUCGAGAAAUGCCCGAAUUUAGAGCUAAUUAAGGCAAACUUAGAUUCUAUUCGAGAAAUCAAGUUUAUUACGAAGAAAUGUGCUUGGUAUAUUGAAGCCUCUUCUAUGUUCAAUCAGUCUUUUCAAACUCUUAGUAGACUGAAGAAUGAGCUAUGCAAAGACCAAGGUGAUAUUGCCAAGCUUAACUUAGUUAUGGAAGUACUUAAAAGUAUGUAG